CUGAGCCUUUCCCUGGCGGUAAUAUGUGUUUUGAGUUUUUGGACUAUAGAAUACGCUGCAGGCUGUGGUGAUCAACAAACUUUAAUAAAUGGCCGGUGCUGUAACCUGUGUCUCCCAGGUACAUACAUGACGGCGUUCUGCUCAGAGCACCAGCAAACUGUCUGUAACACCUGUGAGGAGGGCUACUACUCAAGCCAUCCUAACGUCUUUGACAGAUGUGAGGAAUGCCAGUCAUGCCAACAAGGGUAUACUCAGAAAUGUAUGCCGACCACAAAUGCUAACUGUUCUUGCCACUUUGGUUUCCUGUGCUCCAACAAUCUCUGCUCACACUGUGAGGAAAACAAAUGUGUCACCGGGGAGAAACUGAAGAGAACAGUCACUUCCUCAAGCAAAGGUCUGAUAAAGUAUUCAUAUCAGUGUGAGCCUUCAUGCCCUGAUAAUGCAUAUUUUGAUGUGAAAGAGGAUGUCUGCAAGCCAAGAACACAGUGCAGUAUCGAAAAGUUUCCAGGCAACAAAAGCCACAAUGCAGUUUGCUUUAAACAUGAGACGCACAUAAAAGGUGGAGACUUCAUCAACGUGCUCCUUGGCAUCGGCUUUGUUUUGCUUUCUCUCACCCUCCUUGUGUUUCUAUCUCAUGCCUUUAUAAAGAACCUGAGGAAGCAAAAUUCACAUAAUAAUCCUAUCGACAUCGUCACAGGCUUCACCAGUACCAAUGACUUUCACCUGUCAAAGGAGGAGAGUGGGCUCGGGCUCAUCAUGAAGGAUGAAUCCAUGAACAGGAACAGUUUUUGCCUCCUGCAUCUGGAAAAAGUCACUGUUUCUUAACAAAGACGUCUAAGAUGACAUGGUCAGUCUGUUCAACCACAAGUAGUAUAAUAAUAUUAAUGUGGUACAAAGAAUCUUGCUCGGUAAGAGAAACCUGUUAAGGUUAGAGAUAAAAGUCCAUGGUUAGAUCUUUAUCAGGACAGAUCUAGGCAGUUAUUCCGUCCUCAUUACCAAUAUUGAGGUGCCUUUUAGCAAGGCACCCCCCAUCUGCUCCAGCAGAGCUACUCAGUGGUCAACAGAUUACAUGUGCAGGUUUGAUUGUGUGUAACGUAUGAAUUAUAAUAUAUUAUUAUAAUAUAUAUAACAUUAGUGUAGUGUAUGAAAAUAGUAAGAAAUGGUAAAUAUUGAUGUGAAACUCUAAAUGAUUAACAACUGUGUCCGUGUGUGUGUGUGUCCAACUGUGUUCAUGAAUAUAUAGAUGUUCCAAAGAUCCCAACUCUCUUUUUUUUGUCUUCUGAUAAUGAUAAUUAGGGGCGCUGAAGAACAUAGAUGAUUUGUUGAAUAAAUAUUGUGUGCCAGGUUCAGGUGAGACUGAUGAAGUCAUAGUAUGGCUUAUUGAGCCCGGUGGAGGAGAUACAGUGCCAGCGUAUAAUGUGAACAUGUCAAAUGCCAACACCAAAUCUGAAGCAUAACAUCUUUUGGUCCCUUUUAUGUUUCUGUCUGUCUGUCUGGCUCUAAUCUGUGGAGCCAGUAAGUUCUUGUAAACAUUCAUGUAAGAUUCAACAUUGCCAUUUUCUCAGAGAACACGGAUAUCUGCUAGCCUGACGCCUGAGGUACUAACUCUACCUUCUCAGUUUAACUGUUGCCUCUCAAGGACAGUUACAAGUGAGAAAUAACUAGAACUGGAAGGUCAGUGAACACUUGUAGGGUCAGCUAAUGAUUUCAAGAUAGACCUGUAGCUUUCCCUGUUACAUCAAUCAAGCCCCCUAAGAAUAUUAUAUAACAAGUAGUUUCUUGUCUGUGUUUAUUGUUCACUUGCUCAAUGAAAAGUGUCCUUUUCUUCUUCCUGGUGUAUGUGGAGGACAAAAAAACUGUUCAGCUUUGGGCAAAAGCACCUGCCAAAUGAAUGUAAUGUAAUCCAAUACUAACUGAUUAGUAAGACCAAGUUAUAUUACAUCCAGGACAAAAGCUAAAGAUGAAUUAUAAUUUGCAUCACUGGAUUUGAAAUGGCAAAAUAAUUUUUUUUUUUCAAAAACGUUAUUUACUUUCUACUGGUCUGAAAUUCUCCUUUUGAUGUGACACAUUCAUAGAUGUUUCAAGUUUUUGCAUUAUUUAGUAAGUUAGUUUUAUUGGACUCAUUCAGGUGCCUUCUAAAAUACAUCAUCCAGGUAACCAUUUAAAUAUUUCUUUACAUGAGCUACUAUACACUAUUAAUUAAAAUAAAUAGGCUUUUAAUCCCCCUUCUUUUCAAUCACUGACUAUAAAAGAAAAAUCUAAACUUCACCCUAUGCUGACCAAUUAGAAAUAAUCUUCUCAUUUUAUCUUUGUAUCAGGAAAAGUGUUUUGUAUCAAUUUCUAUUUAAAAACGUUAUAACAUCACAAAGGCUUGUUAUAUAGGUGUACACAUAACUACUGUAUUUAAUGCAAUAAAUAAAAGUCUAUAUUAUCUUAUGUUAUCUUAUAGCUUGUUAAAAUGUAAAUAUUGCAAAAUACAUGC